AUGUGCAUCGCCCAUCAAUUUUGCGACCGCAUAUACGAGGCGCAAAAGGAGACCAAGGAUGCUGCGUAUCCGUGGAUAGAAAUUAGUGCUGGGACCCCCAAAGCAACCGCGAUAUCUGGAUGCUUGUCGAUCCUACUAGUAGAAGGUUGUGGAAACGGAGGGUCGUUUCAAUGGCAGAAUAUGCGUUCCCCAGGCUCCUCAUUACCUCCAGCUAAUGCAGGCCAUAGAAGCCGUUUGAUGAUACAUACCAUAUUCGUUACUCCGACCCUACUACACAAGGACCCAGCAUCCGUUUGUGCAGGCGUCGUUCACGGUUCAAAUGGCUCAUUAGCCUCGAACGGCGGAUGCCACAAAGUCAAAAUCGACCAUCUUAAUGGAGAGAGCCGGUCGCCACCGCUGCCGACGACACAUUCCGCCAUCCAUGGGAUGUCAUCUGCUUCGAGGAUACAGGACAGCAAUGUGCAUCUUCGUCUCUAUACCGGCUCGAAGGCCAUCCCCAGAAAGGCUAUUGAUGAUGUCCGUGUCCACUGUCGCCCAUCCUUGUCGUCGGAAAUCAUUCGCCUAGAUAUCACUGUCAGAGGUUUUCGCCAUCGCAGACGCAGUGAUCGCCCACGUUGCCGCGAUGGUCAUGCAGGCAUCAACGCGAAGCCACUGGAAAAGUCCAGGCGAAGAAGAAUGGUUUAUGUCAUGACCGAUUUCGGUUUGAUGUCUCUGUCUGGAUUUGUCCGCAAAGCGUAUUCUCCGCCAGCUGAUGUUCGGUCCGACCGUUAA